UUUGACUUGUGCAUGUGUAUUAGCUCGGCAGUGGUGGAAGACCCGUGUUACAGAGUUUUAGGAAAACCUACAAAAAACAUGUAGCUUUGCUGCCAGUGAGGUCUGAAACAGUAGGACGGCUCAUAAUUUAGACUUGAACUUAAUCUAGAGGGGCACAGGAUGGAAUCGAAUGGCAACCUGUGGAAACGUCACUUGUUUUAUAGAGCGAAGCUUCCUUCUUCCCCUUUGUCCUGGACUGGUCUGAGGUGGGCAGAGGUGGAGACAAAAUCCUGACAAUCAGAUGCAAAGUACUUGUUUAUUUGAUUAUCUAUGCUAGUUAAUGUAUAACCCCGAUGAAGGCGGUGCCGUUAUGCCUUCAGUUGUGAACAUUUCCUCGAUUUAAGGAAAGGUUCAUAGUCUAAUUAAAGACUGUGGGCUCCUCACUUAGCUUGGAUUCACUUGUUGGAGUUUCUCACAUGGGACAGACAUGGCUAAAGGAGUGUACAUCUCUAAAGCCCUGGCUAUUGCCACAGUGGUGCUGACACUUUCUGCGCUUGGUGGCAUCAUUGUUAUGGUCACCAUGUACCAGAUGGAGAUAGCAAGAAAACCACCAAGGCCUCGACCAAGCCCCGUUCCUACUACGCCGAUUCCAACGGGACUUCCACCAACUCUGAGACUUCCUGACAAUUUGAUUCCAGAGAGCUACAAAGUCAACCUUCAACCGUAUCUCUACACGAAACUGCCCAAUGCCACCGAGCAAGUUUAUAAGUUUGAAGGGAACUCAACAGUUAGGUUUAAAUGUGUGAAAGACACACGGACUAUCAUUCUUCAUGCCCUGAAUCUAUUGAUAGACCAAGUUAUAGUGACCCAUGCUAGAACAAGGGAAAAUAUAGCAGUAGAGAGAUACACUUUGCACAAUGACUCUCAUUUCUUUGAGAUCCUGCUUAAGAAACCGUUAGUAGGAAAUGGGGACUAUUAUGAACUUUUCACUAAAUUCGAAGGGAAACUGCUUGAUGAUUUGACUGGUCUUUAUACAAGCCAGUACACAGAGAACGUUAAUGGUGAAGAAGAGAAAAGAUUUCUCGUUGCGAGCCAGCUGCAAGCCACAGAUGCUAGAAAAGUAUUCCCUUGCUUUGAUGAACCAGCUAUGAAAGCAGUUUUUAAUAUUACUAUUAUCCACAGACGUGGCACCAAAGCCCUUUCUAAUGGGAGGGAAGACGAUUCACAAUUUUUUGGUGACGAGUGGAUUGCUACAACAUUUGCCCCAACACCAAACAUGUCAACAUAUCUCUUGGCUUUCACAGUAAAUGAAUUUGAAUACGAAAGUGAUCAACAUGAUGGGAAGGAAAUAUUGAUCUGGGCCCGGCCUGAGGCUGUGACUGCUGGACAUGCCAACUACGCAAAGAGUAUCACUGGGAAGAUUCUGAGCUUUUACGAGAUGAAAUUUAACCUGAAAUAUCCAUUAAAUAAACUAGAUCAGAUUGCCUUGCCUGACUUCAGUGCAGGUGCUAUGGAAAACUGGGGUUUAACGAUGUACCGUGAAUCAGCUCUGCUGUAUGAGGAAGGUGUGUCCUCUUCCUCCGAUAAAGAAUGGGUUGCCAUUGUGAUAGCUCAUGAGCUGGCACAUCAGUGGUUUGGAAACCUCGUCACAAUGAACUGGUGGAAUAACCUGUGGUUGAGUGAGGGAUUUGCAACAUACAUCUCAUACCUGGGAGUGGACGACAUUGAGCCUACAUGGAACAUAAGAGAUAUGUUUGUGCUGAAAGAAAUCCAGCCAGUCAUGGAGCUGGAUUCACUGAAUGCUUCACACCCCCUCAGCCUGAGGGAGUCUGAAAUUGAGACACCAUUUGACAUCUUGGGACUCUUUGACAGCAUCACCUACAGCAAGGGUGCAGCUGUGCUAAGAAUGUUGUCAGCCUACAUGGGGGAGGAAAAGUUUUUUGAAGGACUUAAGAGCUACCUUAGGAACUUCGAGUACAAGACUGCUGACACUGCAGACCUCUGGAAGUGUAUGAACGAGGCUACACAUGAGGAAAUAGAGAGCAUCAUGACAGCAUGGGUCGAGCAAGAGGGCUACCCAGUCCUCAACAUAAAUACCACCACUGGAGAGAUUGCUCAGGAGCAGUUCCUUUUAAAGCGAGCAGGGGACACUGGGCUUGAAUGGCAGGUUCCAAUUAUCUAUGUGAAAUCUGGUUCGGACCUGAAGAAAGACGUACUAAAAGAAAAAGGGCCUGUGAGAAAGCCUAUUUAUACAGUCAAUGAUGAUGGAUGGCUACUAGUCAAUAUAAACUGCAGUGGUUAUUACAGAGUGAACUAUGAUGAACAGAACUGGAAUAGACUUAUUAAGCAACUGGAGAGUGCUUAUGAUGCUAUCCCACUCAUCAACCGAGGCCAGUUAAUUGACGACGCAUUUAAUCUUGCUAGGGCCAAAUACAUCAAUGUCACAUUGGCAUUGAGCACAACCAAGUAUCUGAUAAACGAAACCGAGUAUAUUCCAUGGGAGUCGGCUCUGAAAAAUCUGGGCUACUUUAUUCUCAUGUUUGAUCGCUCCGAGGUCUAUGGCCCCAUGCAGAAAUAUCUACGAAAGCAAGUUGACCCACUUUACAAGUACUUCCAAGAGUAUACUGAUAAUGCAACUGUUCCAACAAAACUUUCUGACCAAUACAACCAAAUAAAUGCAAUUUCAGUGGCGUGCAGCAAUGGUGUUACUGAGUGCACAGACAUGGCAACAAAGCUUUUCAAUGAGUGGAAAAAUGGGAUAAAUCGGAUUCCACCUAACUUAAAGUCCACCAUCUACUGCCAUGCCAUAGCAGCCGGAGAUGAGGAUGACUGGGAUUUUGCAUGGAAACAAUACGAAAAUGCCACAAUUGCCACAGAACAAGAUGUACUGAGAUAUGCACUCUCCUGUACCAAAAUAAUCUGGCUCUUAAACAGGUACCUUGAGUACACUCUAGACCCUAACAAGAUAAGGAAGAUGGAUGCAGUGUCUACCAUAAACUACAUUGCCAGGAAUGUAGCUGGACAAGCUCUUGCCUGGGAUUUCAUUCGGGCCCAAUGGAGCUACAUAAGUCAACUGUACGGAGGUGGGAUAACAUCUGUUGGAAGCUUGAUUGAUGAUGUGACGGAGAGGUUCUCCACAGACUUUGAGCUCCAACAGCUGAAGCAGUUCCGAAGUGAAUUUGAUGAAGAUGGCCUCGGGCCGACCACACGAGCUCUUGAUCAGGCAAUUGCGAGGACUGAAGCCAACAUUAAAUGGGUGAAAGAGAAUAAACAGACUGUGUUGAACUGGUUCAGAGAACAGGCACAGGUCCACUGAACAUUCGCAGGUCUGCACAACUCAGUAUGCAUAGUAGAGCCAGAGCAAUGAGAAACAGAUGUAGAGUAAUGGUGUGGUUAUAGAGACAACAUCCUGUGUUUCACAAUGGUUCUUUUCCCCACAAGCAAAGCUGGUUUCAUAUGGAAAUCUCAUUAUGUUGAAUCAGAAGAGAAAACAUAAGAGAAGAGGAAAAUAAGAAGUAUGUAGCUAUGCAUUUCAUCAUUUUAAAGAAUUUUUUUAUACUUUAUCAGGAGAUAAUCUGAAUAUCAUCGUAUUGCUUUAAAAAUAACCAGAAAAUUGCAUAGGACUGUGCAAUUUUAUAGUUAUCUAUAUAUUACUGGUGCCAGCUGUUGCCUAAUUAACACAAAGUGAAAUAUAAAUAGAAAUACAUGUUAGUCUCAACAUUAACUUAUGAGUUCUUAGGAAUUUGGUUUAAUUUAUUGCUUCACUCAUGUGUAGUUCUACAACUAAAGAACUGUUUACACAGAUGAAGUAACAUCUAAGUAUGCUACUUACUCAGGCAUAUUAAGUAUUUUAAGUAAAUAAAUUAAUUUACUCAAUAGUAUAUUUUUGAAGUAUAGAAACUAGUAUAUGCUCCUUGCCUACAAUCUUUCUAUCUGUUCAUUUCUGAAAUUAAUUAAAAUAUAAAACCUUUGGAUUA